CCCAUCCCUUCUUUCAUCUUUAUGCUUCAGAACAAUCACAGGUAGACAUUAGGAAGAACACAGGUGUGUUUUAUGACAGAAAACUCAUCCAUUUUAUCAACGAUCAGACCAGAAGAUGCUCCAAAGGACUUUUUUCUCCUGAAACCAUAUAUGAAGCUUCAAUGGAUCCAUUUUGGGAGAGGGAGGUUUUCUACAGGUGUGUUGGUGCCAUUAAGGGCCUCCAGGUGUCCAAUUAAGGUCCACCAAUCAGCAUGGAGGAAGCCCCGCCCACGAGCCGGCCGUCCAGGGAAGAGCCGCAGCUUCCGGCCGUCCGGAGGCCGAUGGCGGGGCGGGGAGCGCGGCUGCGGGCGCUCGUGAGCGGGACGCUGCUCCUGCUUCUUCCGGUUCGGGGGUUCGAGCAGCCUAACGGAGGAUGGAACGAACCAUUCAACCUGACCGCAGCUGAUGACUACAUUGACUAUGAUGAUUACAUUGAUGAGGGAGUGGAAGGCAUGGCCGUCAGUGAAGGUGGACUCCAGGAAGCUGAAGAUUCAAAUGUCGCCUUUGAUGAUUACAAAGACGGCAUUUUCCAUGGAGUUGAAGGCGCUGCCGUCACUGCAGCUUCUCCAGAAGAUGUCCUUCUGGAAGCUGAAGGUGACGAUGCCGACCACGACGACUAUGAAGACGAGACUCUCGAAGACGCUAAAGAAAUCUCUGAAUCUUGGGAUCCUUUUGGUGCCCGGAAGGGUGCGGUAGUGUCCGAGCGGCUCGACUCCAAAGGCAGUGAGUACGCCGUGUUGUUUGUGGCUGCCCAUCCCAAGGACUGGACAGGCUGUACUACGUCGAGUUUGGAUGGGCUGUACGUGACGUGUCCCAACGAUGGAUUCAGGAUCACCUUCCCACCAGGCCUGCUGACCGAAGUUCAAGUAGUGGGUACAACAAACAUGUCUGCCCAGCAGGCUCCAGAGUACUGCAGGUAUCGCAUGGACCACGUCAACAACACCUUGACUCUACCCUUUACUGGGUGUCACGUUAAAGAGGAAGACGAUGAUGUUUACAUCCUGCAGCUGUUUGUCAACACAUCAAGUCAAGCUGAAGAGUUCCGUGUAUUUUGUGUAGAAAGUUCAAAGUUUGUAUCGGGGCAGCUUCCACGCGUGUCCGCCAGUGACCCAAACUGCAAAAAAAGGACCAUGCCAGCCAAACCUCCGAAAUGCUUUCCCCAAAGUACGGUGUCGGCGCCAUCAGUGCCGUACAAUCCAAGCCACGCCAAAUCCAGAGGAAGCCUUCAGCGAAGCAGUGCCCCAGGAGCUGCCAAGCCCCCAAAGAGUCUCCACAGAACCGCUGCACCAGCGACACCACCCAGUCCGCUCAACUGUGCCGUUGGCGUUAAAGAGAGGAUACCGUGUGGUCCGUCUGGAGCGUCUGCCUCCAUGUGUAGGAAGAGCGGCUGUUGCUCGGAUGGUUCCUGCUACUACCCUCUGGACGAAUGCACCGCAGACCGACACUUUGUGUUUGCCAUUCGUCAGCACAGCGCCUCCGUUCCUGUGGAGCCCAGGAGCCUGUUUUUCCCCGGAGAACCGCUUUGUAAGCCGACCAUCGUCAACCAAGAGGUCGCAGUUUUUAAGGUCAAGUUUACGGACUGUGGAGCUCAUUCUUACGAACAUGGUGACAUGGAGAUCCACCAACUUGAAGUGCACACUGUGGUGCAACCUCUGACCUUAAAGUACGGCAAAGUUACAAGAAGUGACCCGCUCAGAUUCUUGGUUGAGUGUCGCUUCAGCAAACCCAGCGCCGCUCAGCAGUCGGUGAGCAGACCCGGCUUCACGCUGUCUUCCUCACCUUCAUCGGUCGUCUCAGGUGAUCGUCAUUCUGUCCAGCUAAGAAUCGCUAAAGAUCACACCUAUUCCAGCUAUUUCUCCGCCUCCCAUCAGCCUUUGCGUUUCCUCCUUGGCCAUCCCGUGUAUCUGGAGUUGAGGUUGCGGUCUCCUCCUCAUCCGGACGCCGUCAUUCUUGUGAACUACUGCCUGGCUCGUCCUCGCUCGGCCACAAACGGCAUGGUUCUGGUCUAUGAAAGAUGCUCCAAUCCCGACGAUCCAUCCGUGUCCGUCCUUAAAGUGAAGGACUUUCCUGACAGCUGCCAUCAGAGACGCUUUGUGGUGGACGCGUUCCGGUCCAUGUCUCUGAAGACAGACGUGUUCUUGAAUGAAGAGAUCUACUUCCUGUGCUCCACAGACGUCUGUGACCCCAACCAGCGGUCGUGUGAGGAGCGCUGCUUGGAUGGACGCCUGGAUCAGCAAACCCCAGAAACCUGGAGAUGAAAAUAAAGAGCAAACGUGUGAAAAUGUU